UCAAAACAAAACGCGCUAGCCCGUUAAAGGAUAGACCAGAACAAAAAAUCUUAUUGACUUAUUUUAUUUUCGUUUAUUAUUUUUUAAGUCAGUUAAUACCCCCGUGUAGCAUAUAUUCGGAAAUGUGUUAUAAAUAAUUUAUCAGAUUUCACAGGUUCUGUUAUUAUUCGCUAAAGGCGCUUCGCUGAAGAUAAAAUUUAAAGAUCAAAAUGUAAAAGAGGCCGCUUCAGCGCGACAUUACGCAAUUUCCCCUCGAAAGCAAACUAAAUAACAUUUUUGUUUCUUUUUGUGAAACAACUCUGAACGGAGAAAGGUCGAAAAACUUGCUGUUAGUAUGGCCUACUGUUCCGCGUACGGUUGUAAAAACAACAUUAAGUCAAACAAAGAUAAAAGCUUCUUUCUAAUGCCUAAGAAUCCUGAAGUUAGCAAAGCCUGGAUUGCCGCAAUUAACAGAACAAAGCUGCCAGCUAAAGUAUUUCUAUGCUCUGACCAUUUUGAAGAAACCUGCUUUGACCCAAGCUGGAAACUUCAGAAUGAAUUAUUUUAUAAAGAUCGUCCUUGCAAACGGCGGUUGAUUCCAAAUUCUGUGCCGACAAUUUUUUGUCAUAAGACUGCCCCUAAGGAACGUACAUCCUCCACAUCGCGAGCCAAACGAAGUCAAUCUAAAGACUUGGUGAAGUCAGCCUUGGUUGAAGAUUCUGAGCAAUUAUGUUUAAUCGAUAAUGAAGUUGAAUUUGAAGUUGAAUCCAAAUUAUCAAUUGGAAUACAGGCCAUACCAAAAACACAAACGAGUGCAACCCAAUAUAAAAAUACGUCAGUACGAAGUACAUGUACACAAACGUCGUGUUCUGUAGCAGAUGCGCAAACGCAAACCCAAGUAGCUGUUGUACAUGCUUCUUGUCAAACUGAAAAUGAAACGGACACAGAUAACGAUUCAAAUUGUACUGAUUCCUCAUUUAAUUCCGAUUUGGAUGACGUGAACCUACAAAGCGCAGCAGCAGCUCUGAACAGUACAUUUAAUAUCCUACACAAAGGUAAUAUAAGCAACACAUUGGAAAUGCUGGGAUUGUCGAAUUUAAUUGAACCACCAACUUCUGAAUUUUCACACGAGGGACACGAUUUGGACGAGGACGUAAUUUCCGAUGGCGACAAUGAGAGUGAGGAUGAUGAAUGGCUAGUCAAAUCUCUUGAGAGGGCUGAUAAAAGUGACCCUAAUUAUUCAAUUAGUCAAGAGAUGGAUGAAGGAGAAGACGAAGAACAAGAACAAGAACGUAUUGAACAUCGAAACAUGGAGCCAUGCAAGCAAAAAACUUACUUGGUGUACGAAACAUGUAUCAAAGAGCUGAUUAAGUAUUGCAUAAAGUGUGGUUCCAUCAUAGACAGUGAAAGCAUUAGCGAAGUUAAGAAUACUGGCAGUCGGCUAACGUACAAGAUACAGUGUGUAAAAGGUUGUAACUACAACUGGUCUGGUCAACCGAAACUAAAUUGCACCAAAGGAGCUGGUAAUUUACACUUAACCGCUGCUAUUGACCUAGCUGGAAUAACAUAUAACAAAAUGUUAAAAUUUGCAAACAUAUUAAACUUGCAAUUAAUUUCCAAAACCAUGUACUACGAGCAUCGUGGCAACUUUGUUUACCCAGAGGUAGAUCAUGCUUGGCGAAAAGAAAAAGAGAUACUGUCACGUGAAAUUACAAAUGAAAAUCGGCAGCUAGAACUUGCCGUUGACGGUCAAUGUGAUACACCUGGUCACAACGCCACCUACAGUACCGUAUCGGCGAUGGACUGCCAGACAAACAAAAUAUUAAAUUUCAGCAUAGUACACGUAAAGGAGGUAACCAGCUCACAAGCAAUGGAAAAAGAAGGCUUUAUCAGAUGUAUCCAAGAACUUCAAGAAGACAUGGAACUUCCAAUACGUGUGAUUUCCACUGAUAGGCAUCCCUCCAUAAAGAAGCUAAUGAGGACCGACCCAAGAUUUACAAAAAUUAUUCAUCAGUUCGAUCCUUGGCACAUUGGGAAGGGGACUCGUUAAAAAGUUAAUAAAGGCUUCAAAAAAGAAAGACUUAAACAUACUUGCAAGCUGGGCACCUGCAGUGGUCAACCACCUGUACUGGUCAAUCCAUAAUUGUAAUGGUAGUGGAAAAGAGUUAGUUGAAAGAUUUACGUCGAUAAUUCACCACUCUGUCAACAGACAUACCUUUACCCACAACAAGACAUACAAAGCUUGCGACCAUCCAAGAUUAAAUGAGGAAGAGACAGAAAGAAAAAAGUGGCUUGUGAUGGGUUCUCAAGCUCACAACAAAUUGGUUAAAAUUGUGACACAGCCUUGCCUUGUAAAAGAUCUUGAAAAGCUUACGGAGCAAAUCAACACUACCCUCUUGGAAGUUUUUCAUUCACUGAAAAUUAGGUACUUGCCAAAGUCAACCUUUUUUAAAAUGGAAAAGAUGCUCGCUGGUACCCAACUCGCUAUUUUAGAUCACAACCACAACAUCAACAGAGAACAGAAACACUGAGUUAACGAAGAAGGAAUUCGGAAACCACUUUUCAAAGUCGCGUAUUCCAAACCGAUCAAAAGAUUUGUAUCCAAAAUUGUGAAAGUUGAUAAGGAUUAUGGCUACUUACACUAUAUCCUGCAAAAAAUAAUGAAACGCGCCGAAUGUAAAAAAAAAGUUUACGAAAGAAAUCGGAUGAAACGCCAACUGUCGUUAAAGAUUACUCCCGAUGACAGGCCACCUCGCGAAGAAAUUAUCGAAAAAUCGACCAAAUAUAAACGUAUAAAAUUGUAAAUAUAAAAUUUCUAAUACACGUUUUUAAUUUUUAAGCAAUCCGAUGAAUACUUCUUCUAACGUUUCUUAAAUUUGCACAAAAAAAUCUAUUACUACGUUUCUUAAAAAACAAAUUCUUAUACGAAAAAAAUGUGUAUGACUUUUGUAAAUAUGUACAAGUAGUGUAUAUAAUAA